UGUAAACUAUUCAGAUUCAGAUAUAUCAGAGAUAAACAUGCUCACAUUCUGUCCAGACUGCUCGAAUCUGUUAACGAUCUCCCGAUCCUCGGCGGGAAACUACAGAUUCGAAUGCAAAUCCUGUCCCUAUGAAUUCCCCAUCCACGAAAAAAUGGAAAUCUACGAGCGCCGAGCUAUGAAGCGAAAACAGCUCGACGAUAUCCUCGGCGGUGCUGGAGCCUGGGAUAACGCGGAUCAGACUGCUGCUCAAUGUCCCAAGGACUGUGGAAAUGACAGAGCUUACUACUUCCAGCUUCAGAUUAGAAGUGCAGAUGAGCCUAUGACUACUUUCUAUCGGUGUACAAACUGCUUUCACCAGUGGCGCGAGAAUUGAUUCAGAGAGCUUUUAUACACCCUUGUUCUUCCCUUUGUUAUUCAUUUUGCAUGGAGUUUGGCUGUUUCUUGUUUGUCUUAUCAAUCUAAUAUCUACUCAUUUGGACU